AUGAAACUUCUCUUUUACUUACUAGAACUAUGCCAUCUAGAACUGAUCAUUUCUGAUUUAUUUAGAGACUUUUUUUAUUUACAAUCUAAUGAAGAAGAUCUUGAAUUGAUUUCUCUUCUCUUAAUCAUAACAGAAGCUCUUUAUUUUGGUUAAAGUUAUUCAUUUUAUUUAAUUUUGAAACCAUAUUCUAGUUUUUAAGUAUAAUUUUAUUACAUAGAACACUUUUUGGUAUAGCUAUUAAUUAAUAAUCAUUAAGAUUAACUGCUCCAGUUUUUGA